CCUCGCCUUGCCUCGCCUCGCCUCGCCCUCUCUCCCGCCCGGGUGCUGCCGAGCCGAGGCGCCGGGCGGGCAGCGGGCGGCCGGCCGCGCCAUGAGCGCCGAGUGCAGCAGUUACCUCAACGCCGACAAGGUGCUAGUGAGCGGGUUCAGCUGCCCGCGGGCGGGCGGCGACGCCCGCGCCGUGUUCUGCUGCGGCUUCCAGGACGUCAAGUACUGCUGCGAUGACCCCCACAGCUUCUUCCCCUACGAGCACAGCUACAUGUGGUGGCUCAGUGUUGGAGCACUCGUGGGCCUGUCAAUAGCAGCAGUGGUCCUCUUUGCUUUUAUCAUCACUGUGUGUGUUCUCUGUUAUUUGUUUAUCAGCACCAAGCCACGCAGCAAACUGGAUACUGGUUUAAGCUUACAGAUGGCAGAUACAGAGCUGCAUCCUUCACAGAGCCCCCACCAAAACAAGCUGUUGACAGAGCCAAGUGGCUUCAAAAGUUUCCUAAGCCACAAGGAUGGCCUGUGACUGUGAGCCACAAGAACCUGAUUCACUCUUCCAGAGGUGUUUUCCUGGCUCUUACAACCACUGUUGAUAACCAGAGGCCAAUCUGAAGCUGUGCCAGGAUGUAUUUGUUUAUGGUUGCUGUACUGAGAAGUUGUGUGUUUUGAUUUGCACAUAUCAGCUACUGCUGUCAAUCAUUUUCAUGCAAGUUGUUGUCUCUAGCCUGUGCAAUUCCAGUGAGAUAACUCAGUUGUCAAGCAGAGCAGAAUUUGGCACACCAUGUUGACCAAGCUUUAUUUUAAGCUUUCCCCACAUGCCAUCUCAGUGUGGUGUCUUCAUGUCAUGAACAUGGUUGUGUUUAGCCAAAUGUGACUGUUCAGUGCACAAACCAAUGUGAAUGCAGUACCUCAAUAAAAUCUGACAUUUGUGUUGUA